CAAAAAGUGAUAAAAAAAUUCAUCAAAAACCAACCGAAACCCCCAAAAAUAAUAAUUUCAUAAUAUCCCAAAAUUAAAAAUAAAAACAAAAACACAAGCACGUUGCCCAACAACGUCACUUUAUUGACACAAAACCUGAAAAAACAUCAACAAAAAAACUUCGCAAGAAUCCAUCAAACAGCUCAAAAUCGUGAACAGAACAAAAAUCAAUUAAAUAACAAUUCUUCAUGACAAUUUAUUCAAUAAGAAGUUGAAAAUUAAAUCAUGUCAAAAGAAAAUUGAAUCAUAAAAAUAUUUAUUUUCACACAAAAACAAAUUUGAGCGUGCCAGAAACACAGAAGAAGAAUAAAUUAUUUAAAGUCACGAAGAAGUGGAGAAAAUUGAGUGAGAAAAAAAUUAAUUUCAAAAAAUUAAUGAGAAAAGAAGUGAAUAAGUAUUUGUGCUGAUUUUAAGUGAAAUUUUGUGAAUUUUAAAAAUUUUGAAACUUUAAAAAAAUUUCAAAAGUACAAAAAUUCAAGUUUAUUUUUGAAAAAUUUCUGCCCAAUCAAACCAGUUUCCAAACAACUUGACAAAGCAAACAUCGAAAGCAAAAGCCUACAUCAAAAAAGAGUCUCAAGAGUUAAUAAAUCAAACAAAAAAAAAAUAAAUUAAAGAUUCAAAUCAAAAUAGUGAAAUAAGUCAAAGAAAGUGAAACAAAAAAGUUAUAUAAGAUCGCAAAAAAAAAUCAUUUUAUGGAUUAAUUAACCCACAAUGGACAGUCAAAAUAUGCUGUAGAUGCCAAAAAGACGAAAUUCAAGUGAAAAAUAAGAAGAAAUGUUCACCGACUUAUUGCUCUGCAUAAAGCUUUGAAAAAUUAUUACACAAAUUCAGAGACUUUUAUGCUUUUACAUCUGUUGAUACGACGAGAUCAUUAAGAGUCCAAAUGUUUCGUUUAUUGAUCAAUCGAGGCACAUUUUAGAUGCGGGUUAAAAUAAACAUCAAUUCCAAUUUUUUUUCUACGAAUCUCACUCUCGGGCACUAGAUGUUGAAAUGAUUAAUUGUAAAUUAUAUUCGCAAAUUAUAGCCCUGUGAGGAUGAAGAUGAUGAUGAUGAUGAUGAUGUACAUGGCCAAGUUCAAUGAAGUUCAACAAAGUGAAAUUUGCUAAGGCACAAACAUAAAGAAAUAAUAAUAGUAAGAAUAAAUCAAGUGUGGUUGCUGAGCAAUCACACCACACAAAAGAAUACAGCAAUUGACAAAUAGGAAGGGAAUCAAUUGAAGCUGAACAUUCAAUCAAUAUUUGUGUUGAAAAUACAACUUUUUUUAAGAAAAAAAUAUAUAAAAUAUAUGGGAUUAAAUUACACUCUCAUGCCGCAGCAGACAACAGUUAAAAUGACACACAAGCGAUGGAAUGCAGCACAUAGCAACAGAAAAGCAACAACGAUUCUCUUCCAACUUUUAAUUUUAAUCAAUUUCUUGGUAUUUGACGGCGUGAAUGCAAAGCUCAAUUUGUGUGAUGUCGAAACGGGACAGACGAAUAUUAUAUUGGAUAUUGAGGAGAGUCGUGGUGACGUAAUUGGACAACAAACAACGCCACCAGAACUGCCAAUUUUCGGUGAUCCAGAAACUGAGAUAUCAUUAGAAUUAGUAUUUCAAAAGACUGAGCCAAUUUUCUUGCUAAGCGGCAAGACACUGCAACUUUUGAAGCCUCUCGAUCGAGAUAAGGAUAAUUUAAGUCACAUAGUAUUUCAGAUAUCAUGCACAAUUCAAUCGACACGUCGUAAUCGAAACAUUCCGAUUAUCGUUCGUGUAUCUGAUGUUAAUGAUAAUCCGCCACUUUUUGUAAAUACGCCAUAUGAGACGACAGUACCUGAGUCAACUCCAAUUGGUACCACAAUAUUUCGCAAUAUUCUAGCGCAAGAUAAAGAUGCUGGUGUGAAUGGACUGGUUGAAUAUUUUCUCAUCGAUAGUUCAAAGAACCUUUUACAUUCGAACGAUACAGUAAAUGUUGCUGAUGGCAAUGGUGUAUUUGCUAUUUCUUAUCCACAUCAGGGACAAGUUACUGUUGCGAAGGCCUUGGAUUACGAACGAAUUCAACGAUAUUAUUUGACCAUUGUUGCAUCGGACCGAGCCCGCAACAGCAGUGAGCGACUCUCAGCAACAACAGUCCUCACAGUCAACAUUGCAGACUCGGACGACCUCGAUCCGUCAUUCAUUUAUCGCGGUUGCGUUAAUCUCGAUGGUGCAUGCAUUAAUCCCGAAUAUACAGCAACAGUUCCAAGUGGUACACUUCAAGGCGUUCUCAACAUUCAUCCCGAACGCAUUCAAGCCAUUGAUUUGGAUCAAAUAAGUGCACCUAUCAAGUACUCAUUCGUAAGCGGUGCGCCAAGCACAUACAAUGAAUAUUUUGAGAUUGACGAGCAGACAGGCAUUGUGAGGCAAAAGAAGUUGGUUGAUUCAUCAGUCACUGCACGACAAUUUGAUAUAACAAUUCAAGCUGAGGAGGUAUCUGAAGCGAAACGUUCAACGACAGCGCGUCUGACAAUUAAUGUGAAGCCUGUUGAUUCCUUUCCACCCGUCAUUAAUGCAUCGUCAAAUGAAGGCUUUGUGGAUGAGAACUCGCCAAAAGGCACAAAAGUUCUUGAUUUAAAUGGCAAACCCAUUAAGCUUAUAACAACUGACGCUGAUAUACCUGAAGAUGGUGAACAGCCAUCAUACACAUAUGAAUUGACAACACCAUCAUUUGUCAUAUCCAGUGACGGCAUUCUUCUCGUCAACGAUCCAAAUCUCGAUCGAGAUUCACCAAAUUUAUCAAAAUUACGCUUUCAAGUUGUCGCACGUGAAGUGAAAGGAAAUGCAGCAAGUUCACCCAUGUCCAUCACUGUCAAUUUGAAUGACAUUAAUGAUAAUACUCCAAAACUUGCACUAAUACCGCCCGUACAAAUUACAGCUGGCAAUGAACGUCGACUUAUUGCGAAAGCGAAUGCAACUGAUAAUGAUAGUGGUGAGAAUGCAGUCAUAACGUACACAAUACAUCAUGUGUCCAAUAAUGGAAUGAAAAAAUUCGGAAUUGAUAAAAGUACUGGUGAGAUUGAGGCUAUUGCAAGAGUUGUAGCUGGUGAACGAUACAGCAUAACUGUACAAGCAUCAGACAUUGGAAAUUUAUAUUCACAAGCGAUUGUUGAAGUCACAAUUAUACCCGGACCAAAUACAAAGCCACCAAAGUUCAUCAAAAAUGUCUACGAUGUUCAAGUUAGUGAAGGUGCUGACAUAAAUUCAACUGUUGCUGUUGUUAAGGCGGAAGAUCCAGAAAGUGAUCCAGUUCACUACACAAUUGUUAGUGGAAAUGACUUGAGGCAAUUCUCAAUUGGAACUGAAAGCGGUGUAAUUAGUGUCAUUCGUAAAUUAGAUCGAGAACAAAUCACUCGAUAUCAAUUGAUUGUUCGUGCUGACGAUAAUGGCGGAUUGUCGAGUUCAGCUACAAUAAAUAUUCGUGUAACUGAUAUAAAUGACAACAAUCCAAUAUUCGAUGAGUCAAUGAUGCCAUUUAAGUUUGAUGUUGAGGAAGGUAAGGCAAAUCAGAGUGUUGGCGUUGUGCAUGCACAUGAUAUUGAUGAAGGCGUUAAUGCAGAGAUUUCUUAUUCAUUGUCCGAUGAUAUUCCAUUUACAAUUGAUAAGAAGACGGGUGAGAUAAGAACAAAAGUGGAACUAGACUAUGAGAAAAUCAAGGAUUAUAAAUUUGUUGUUACGGCUAAGGAUAGUGCACCGGACUCGAGACUUGGAACUGCUAGUGUCACUGUGAAUAUAAAGGAUGUACCAGAUGAGGUUCCAAAAUUCACAGAAGCUUUAAUUGAAGUAAAAAUUCCAGAAAAUGCACCGGAUAUGACUAUUGCUACAGUUGUGGCUAAGGAUCCAGACACGAAACCUGAAAUCACUUAUGUCCUUAAAAAUGGACCUUCCGAACACUUUAAAAUUGAUCCAAAAACUGGAGUCAUCAGAACAGUUAAAGGCUUAGAUUAUGAAGAAGAGAAAAUGAUUGAAAUUAUAGUCGGAACUGCUGAAAAUCCAGGUCGUGGAGCAGGUGACAUUGUUAAAAUUAAAGUCAAUGUUGAAGACCGAAAUGACAAUCCACCGGUAUUUAUUUCCAUUCCUGAAUCAGUCACUAUCAAUGAUGAUCUUCCAAUUGGCUCAAAAGUCGGUGCAAUGCCAGCAGUUGACGGUGAUGGAACGUCACCAAGUAACUCAAUUCGCUAUGAAAUUGUUGGACGUGGUAAGGCACAGAAAUAUUUCCAAGUCGAUUCUGAUACCGGCGACAUUCUCUUGCGUGAUGAAUUGAAGAAAGAGGAAGACACCGAAUAUCAAGUGGAUGUACGUGCUUUUGACUUAGGCGAGCCACAAUUGAGUUCCGUAUCAUCAUUGCCGAUUUAUGUCAAGCAUGUUUUAAGCGAUCCGAUUCUUGAAUUUACCGAGCCACGUACAGACACUUCACCAAUAAUGAACCCAGAGUCAGUUGGAUUGGCAUUCAGCGACGAUGUUUAUACGAUCAGUGUGCCAGAGACUACUGGAAUUAACUCUACAUUAAAGCUCCUUCAAAUCAUUAACAGUAAGAAGGCAACGAAAAAUCGUGGCGGCUUUAAAUGUGAAAUAACAAAUGGAAAUGAAUGGAAUCUAUUUAAGACAAAUAUUGAAGAUCACUCAUGCGGUCUCGUAUUGAUAAAUUCAUUAGACUAUGAAAACAAGACGAGUCAUGAAAUUGGCAUUAAAUUAACAUCCACAAAGUACCUUGUCAAUCCACAAAAGAGCUUCUGUCAUGUUAAAAUCAUUGUUCAAGAUCAAAAUGAUAAUGCGCCAGUCUUCAAGUUUCCAAGUACCAAUCGUAAUGCACGAAAUGAUACAUUCUAUGGUAUCGUAAGUGUCGAUACUGAUAUUGAUACGCCAAUCAUGACGAUUAAGGCAAAUGAUGCUGACUCAGGUGUUUAUGGUUCGCUCAAAUAUCAAAUUUAUGACGAAGAUGAAUUCAAUUACAUUUCAAAAGAUGAGACACCAAGUUCAUACUUUACAAUAGCCGAAGAUACGGGAAUAUUAAAGACACAAAAGGCACUCAACUCUCGUCGACAUUCACAGCCAUUCAAGUUCAUUGUUGAAGUACGCGACAAUAAUGGCAAUGAGACGAUGCAAGGAGUGUCUGUUAAUCUUGCAAAGGCACGCAUUGUUAUCAAUACGAUUAGUGAUGCAAAUCGGAUGGCAUUGGUGUUUGCUGACUCGAGUCCAAAGGAAGUGAGGAGACAUGCGAGGGCAUUGGAAGACUUGUUGUAUGACAAGUCACCAAAUUUAUUGAUUGAGAUUGAAAAAUUCAGCAACCGGAGGACACAACUGGCAAAUGGAUCGAUUGUUGAACUUUCUGAUGCUACGGAUGUCUGGUUCUAUGCAAUUGAUCCACAAACUGAAAAUAUACUUGAAAGGAACAACACAGAAAUAUUCUCAAAUCUCAUGGAGCCGUCAGCACAAUCACAAAUUAAUUUAGAAGCAUCAGGCAUUGUUCAUGCAACAGCACAAGGCAUUACGGCACCGAUUGAAGUUCCACAUGUUCAUCAACAAAUUCCUAUUAAGAGGCUUACUGCCGGUCUAUUUCUAGACGAAGAAAUCUUUCCAUACGUUUUAAUCUUCAUCUCAGCUGUGAUAUUGAUUUUAGGCACAUCAGGCAUCAUUUAUAUCUGCAUUUCAUGGUCUCGUUAUAAGAAUUUCAAGCAACAAAUGAGGAAUUAUACAGCACCAACAAACCCACCGCCACGCUACGAUCCAGUUAUUCUCAAUUCACCGCCAAGUGAAGUGUCAUUGACGAAUCUCAAAGAAUAUGAAACACAAAUGCUCGGCAUGGCUGUGAAUGAGGAACAAGAAGAAAUGCAAAUUGAGUAUAGAUCAAAACAUCAUACAUUCGGUCUCGAUAAUAUGAGUUAUAUAAAGGAUCAAGGUCAAUCGAGUCCAACAAAUUCCGACACACCAACCGUUGUGAUUGGAACUCUGCAGAGAAAUAAUCGCAUUAAUUUACUUAAUAAUAUCAAUCAAAAGCAACAGAACUCAUUGAAUAAGACGAUUGAAAUGAAUCGGAAUAAUUAUGCGAAUCCGUUGAGUAUUGAUACUAAUUUUAAAGCUGGAACGACACUGACGCUGGGUAGAAUUAAGUCGGAGCGUAAUCAAAUUAUUAAUGGCUACGAUGACACGACACUAAAUCGCAACAAUUUAUCGCUGGCUCCAAAUAAUACUUUUAGCACAUUAGGUCGACCGAAUCGAUCGCAACAUAAUAAUCUCGCGAACAAUAAUCAUCAUUCAACAUUAAAUCGAAACCAUCGAUAUCAUGCUGACUUACCAAUCACAAAUCCCAUUUUUAAAAGACACCAAAGUUCAGAAAUGCUCAAUUGUGAAUCAAAUGACAACGUCUAUUUCGGAGGAAAUGGCAACAAACGAGCAAUAGAUCACUAUGCGCACUUGGGCUAUCCAUACAACAUUGAUAGAUCAGAACAAGAGACCACAACUGAGCUGUAAAUUUAAUUUAUUAUAAAUUUUUUUAUUAUUCAAAUCUCCUAAAAAAUAUUAAUAAAAUCGUGAUAAAUUAGAUGUAAAGGAAAUAUAAUAAAUUUUAUGUAUACAAUUGAAAUUGAGCUCACAUUACACAUUGCAAUGUGGCCAGAUACAAUCAAGUCAUUAGUCUCAUAUAUUCAUAAGACAAAUUUAAGAAAAUACCAAGAAAUUGAAAUAUGAAAUGAAUCGAUUAGUUAUUUUAAGAGAAAUUAGAGUUAUUAGCUUGUGCAAAAUGGAUGGACACUUUUAGAAUUUUUUUAUACAAAUUUAAUUUUUAAAGUUUUAAAUUUUUUGAGUUUAAAUAUUAUUUAGAUUUGCAAAAUUUAUCUCAGUACGAAAUCUUAGAAUUACAAAA